AAGUACCAAACUCUAUUUUCCGCAAAAAUAAAUAUUUGGGGGAAAAACAACGAUAAAUAGAAACCCAGACGUUAUUAGCCUUCCCUUUCUUCUUCUCCUCUCUCCUAUUCUGCAAAUUUGUUCAUCGAUCUAGAUUUUAUUCUCCAUCAAAUUUCUAACUUGUUAAGCAAUUUCUCUAAUUAAUCAUCAAUUCUCUAAUGGGUAAUUAGUCUCCUGAUUGCGAUUGCCCGCCAAAAUUGAAGUCAUUAACUUCUAUUUUGAUUAUUGAUGUUAUUCAAGUUAUAGGAAGUAUCAUCUUCUUAUCCGAUAAAUAUGAACGAAAGAGAUUUGUUGUGUAGCAGCCAUCGGGCUUUUGAUCUAGCAAAUGGUCAGCAAGUCCAGAAUCAUAUUCAUCCUGAGCCCUGCAUUUUUAUGGGAAGCACAUCUAAUUUUCCACGGUCACAUAUAAAUCAGGUGUUACCUCCAUCUGGAAGUAUGAACAGCUUUGAUCUCCACCAUUUACCAGAGCAUGUUGUUGGGAGGCAAUCUUUUUAUGGGAUGACACAGUAUAAUCAGCCUAACCAUCCUGCUACAAAUCAGCCUAACUUCUAUAAUGGGCAUUUAGAACCUGCAUCUGGAUCGAGGAUGUUUCCAGUUCCACUUAACCAUGGAUUUGUUGACCAGCUACCAUCUUCAAGCAAUUAUGGAGGCAAUGUGGUUUCCUUUAAUGAUCAUGGGAGGAUCAAUUACUCGGAAGAAAGUGUUAGAGAGUUAUGUAAGAGGAAAAAUUCCGAAGGAAUUCCAGGAAAUGUUAUGCAUUUUGGUGCUUCUGCAGGACCUAGUAGCUCUUCAGCUGCUCCUAUGACUAGCAGUCAUUACGAUUCUGGGUCUGCUUCUAUGGAAGCAUCACUUUCGUUGCCAGAUUACAGAGGUAAUGCCUCUUAUUCUAUGAUGGAAGCAGUUUCAGGAGCUAGGCAUAGAUCUGGUGCUGUUGGGCCUCAUAUGGAUUCUGCUAUGUUGCAUAACUAUAAUAAUUUUAUAGUUCAAGGGAAUUAUGGAGGCCAAUCUUUUCAGCCAUCUAGUUGCUCAUGGUUGGAGCAACAGUCAAUCAGCAAUGCUGGGGGUUUACCAUGGAGUGGACCUCCCAUGUUGCCUUAUUAUCAAGGGAACAAUAUUCAUGGAGGUUCCCCUGAGCUAGCAAAUGCUUGUCUACCUGGUAACACUGAAAGAUCUACUAACCAUGGCUCUGCCAAUUUCUUGCAUGCGCCUCCUGUUAUUCAACAACACCACAAUCUACAUCCAUCGCAGAAUAUUCAGGGUGUGAGAGGGUAUGGUAUCGCCUGUUAUCCUCCUUUUCUGGCAGCUCCAAGUAGAGUUCCACCAAGUGAUGUUAUGCUUCAUGAUCUUUCGUCUAUAUCCCAAGAAAGUGCUGAGCCAGGAAAUAGGCCAACGGGCAUUAGAAUAUAUCGCUCUCAAGAAAGAAGCCUUGUGCCUGAUGUAGCUUCCAGACGCCGUGAUCUUCCUCGUUUAAGGACUCUUCCAGUAGAUAGAGUUGCACUUUUGGAUUUCCCAGACCUUUAUGAAGUAGACUACGAUGUCGAGAGCAUUAUUGAUCAUCAUAGGGAUAUGCGUUUGGAUAUCGAUGACAUGUCCUAUGAGGAACUUCUUGCUUUGAGUGAACGUAUUGGGACAGUAAAUACUGGUUUGACAGAGAAAGACAUUAGAUGCCAUCUGAAAACUAGAAGAUACAAGUGUACUGCAGCUACUAUCAAUUUAGAGGAGUUGCCAUGUAGUGAUCAAAAGAACGAUUCAUGCAUCAUAUGCCAGGAUGAAUACGAAGACAAUCAGAAGCUGGGAACCCUAGAGUGUGGGCAUGAAUACCAUGUAGAUUGUUUGAAGAAGUGGCUGCUCUUGAAGAACGUGUGCCCGAUUUGUAAAUCGGCUGCCUUGGUUGUGGAUCGCUCUUGAUGGACUGAAAAAGCUUCACUGCCUAUCAACUGCUAUAACUAUGUAGAACUUUUAUUGUACUCGUACAUAUUAUACUUUUGGAGAUGAACUUGUAUAAAAACCAUUUAUUCAGGGCACUUCUUUGUUAUAAGAGGUGGUGGCCUUCGCCACCAACUUAUCUGCAGUGGUCCUUCCCUCCAGAAUGUCACGGAACUGUACAGACCUUUGUAAACUUUGGUCCUGUAGCUGGGUCCUGUUAAUCUAGUAUUUUUGUGAAUAAUUGAGCAUUAACUUUGUUCUUAUCA